AUGAGCCACACAUUCGAGGUUGAGAAACGCGUGUUUGAGGCUCUGCCACAAAUCUCUAUCUUCCUUGCGGUUGUGCGCGACAUUGAUCUAAACCAGUUGGAUAAAGACGGCAUUCACAACCUUUUUGAGGAAUCCUGGAGUCUGGCUCAUAAGCAAAUCUCUGCUUACCCAAAUGUUCAGAGCCAUCCCAGCAUUCUACUAUGGAGAAAAGCAUCUGAACUAUUGAGUAUUUCUGCCAAAAAGUAUCCCAGCUCCGUAGAAAGCAUGGCCAAGCGAACAACAAAAGCGGAUUCCAAGCCGUUUUCAAUCAAUCCACUUGUGGAUUUUUACAACGCAUUUUCGCUAAAGUAUCUUCUGCCAUUUGGCGGCUUUGAUAUGGCAAGCAAGGCCACUAAAACACUCAGUCUGAGAUUCUCAAGGGCAGGCGACAAAUUUAUGGCUUUGAAUGCUGAUGCCACUGUUGACAUUCCAUGCGGAGAGGUUCUCUAUGCAUCAGGAAAUACUGUGGUAACUCGGCACAUUAACUGGAGACAGUCGAAAGAAGGCCUAAUUCAAGAGACAACCACUAAUGCUUGCUUCAUGGCCGAAGUGCUCCAUGGAUACCCAGAAGCUAGAUUGACUGAUAUGAAGAUGGAUUUUAAAAAAUGCUGUGUGGAUCUUCUAAACGUUGAGCCCGAGCUGUACAUGAUAGAUGAAGCUAAUCCUUCUAUUACUUAUUGA